CUUACCCAUCAAAACAUCAAACGAACAUCAGAAUACGAUCGUGAACUAAUAAAAUCGAACCAGACAAUAAAUACCAUCCAAAAUGUGCUUCGUUCUGAUGAUAACGUUGAUGUCUUAUUGCAUCAAAAGGCAAUCGAGCGGAAGCUGCAUCAUGGAUAUACUCAGUUUAACAUUCUUAAUCACCUUACCGCUAAUCGUUAUAAUAGCGGCGUUCUUCUUGCUGAUGCCUUUUUUCCUAGACAUGAGACCUUGGAAAAAGCCCUGCAAUUGCUCGAAAAAGUGCAACGAAUCCCGCGUUAUCGGCCUCAUCGAAAGAAUUUACCCGGACGCCGAUCAAUUCAAAUUCAAAUGUAGCGGCUUAAAUUUCGGAGAUAACAUGGGAAUUAUACUCAGCGAAUGCUUCGAUAACACCGACUACAUAUCCGAUAAAUACUACAUAAGUAGUUGCUCUCGGUACUGGAGCGAUCAAAAUCAAAUGCACAACAUAAUCAGCUAUCAAAGGAUCAAAGAGGACCGACGGAGCAUCAUGAUAUUAGAAGCAGAUCCUCCGCUACCCAGUCCGCUUGCCUUCGAGUACGGGGACCUCGAGCAGGAAGAAGAAGAAAACUACCUCUACGUGGAAACCAAUUUCGAUAAAACCGUCGAUCACGUCCUAAUAGGCUGGAGGAUACGCGAAAGGACAUCGUCUGUUCCCUUGCAGGAGAUCCCUAUAGUAGACUACUGCAUACCCGGAUAUCCCUCCGCCGUAAUCUACUCCAAAGCCAAAUUGCUCGCCGGGCGAGCCGUUGAACGAGGCGAUCGUCGUCUACAGUCAAUUUCUAGAUCAAAUCCAGAGCAGCCAUCCCAACGUCGAAUACAAGAGUAAUAAGGUCGUGCACAUCAAAAAGCUAGAAGAAAUCGACGACGAAGAAUUAGAAGAUAAAUUGGACUAUAAGUUAUUGAUAGAUUGAAUUCGGGGAAACGUGAAGUAGAAUAGUGGAAGAUGCCGUG